UCAUCCCUCCCUCCAUCUAUCUACUCCCUCCUCCACCGUCUGUCUAACCGUCAGACUCAACAGUGAGCCUGUCUGCAAAUAUAAAGAGCGGCUGGCAGCGGGUGGGACAGAGCAGCAGGGUGUUGGUGCAGACACGCUACCUGAGAAAAGGAGCUACACGUCUGUCCAGAGCCUUAGAGACUUUCAGGAUCCUACACUAAAUACUUUUAUCACCUGGAGCAACAUGAGAGAGUGCAUCUCUAUCCAUGUGGGCCAGGCAGGUGUUCAGACAGGAAACGCCUGCUGGGAGCUCUUCUGCCUCGAGCAUGGCGUCGGUCCUGAUGGUGUCUUCCUGGACGGUCCCGUGGAACCGAACUCUCGUGACGACGCAUUCAACACUUUCUUCAAUACUGGGAGCUCUGGGCGUCAUGUUCCCAGAGCGAUAUAUGUGGACCUGGAGCCCACAGUGGUUGAUGAAGUAAGGGUUGGAAAGUACAAGGAGCUUUUCCACCCUGAGCAACUGUUCUCUGGAAAGGAGGAUGCAGCCAACAACUACGCACGUGGACAUUACACUGUCGGGAAAUCAAUCAUAGAUGGAGUCAUGGAGCGUGUCCGUAAAAUGACAGACCAGUGCACGGGGCUGCAGGGGUUCCUCGUCUUUCACAGCUUUGGAGGUGGAACUGGCUCUGGCUUCACGUCUCUGCUGAUGGAACGACUGUCUGUAGAGUACUGCAAGAAAUCCAAGCUGGAGUUCGCUGUCUAUCCAGCUCCCCAGGUGUCAACUGCUGUGGUGGAGCCCUACAACGCUAUCCUGACCACACACACAACCUUAGAACACUCUGACUGUGCCUUCAUGGUGGACAACGAGGCCAUCUACGACAUAUGCCAUCGCAACAUGGACAUUGAGAGUCCUGGUUACAUCAACCUCAACAGGUUAAUCGCUCAGAUUGUGUCCUCCAUCACGGCUUCCCUUCGUUUCGAGGGCGCCCUCAAUGUCGACCUGAUGGAGUUCCAGACCAACUUGGUCCCAUUUCCACGUAUCCACUUCCCGCUGGUUACCUACUCACCCAUCAUCUCUGCUGAGAAGGCUUACCACGAGCAGCUGACUGUGGCUGAGAUCACGAGUGCCUGCUUCGAGCCCACCAAUCAGAUGGUCAAGUGUGACCCUCGUCAUGGGAAGUACAUGGCGUGCUGCAUGCUGUACCGAGGUGAUGUCGUCCCUAAGGAUGUAAAUGCCGCCAUUGCAAAUAUAAAGACCCGACGCUCCGUUCAGUUCGUCGACUGGUGCCCCACUGGUUUCAAGGUUGGCAUCAACUACCAGCCGCCAACUGCAGUCCCUGGUGGGGACCUGGCCAAAGUCCAGAGAGCUGUGUGCAUGCUGAGCAACACCACCGCCAUUGCUGAGGCCUGGUCUCGCCUUGACCACAAGUUCGACCUCAUGUACGCUAAGCGUGCAUUCGUCCACUGGUAUGUGGGUGAGGGCAUGGAGGAGGGAGAGUUUGCAGAGGCCAGAGAGGACCUGGCCUGCCUUGAAAAGGAUUACGAAGAGUUGGGCGAAAUGAACCCCGAUUCUGAAAAUGACGACGAAGAAUACUGAUCGUUGUGAGGCCUUGAGCUGUGACGGCUGCCCAGCAGUGGUUCUCUCCUACUGAUGAUUUGAUUGAUGAUCUUUCUUGUGAUAUGUUUUCAUAAUGUCAGCUUAGAUUAAGAAGACAAAUUAUGUUUGAAUUGUGUUGUAAAAUGACAUUUCUUUUGGUAUAUUCUGUGUGAAAUUUAAGAGACAUGCAGCCAGGGUGUAACAGUGGUGUAGUGGCCUUUAGACAACACCAUGUAACCAGUCAAAUCACAGAUCAUCCUUCUCCUUCCAACUUUUCCUGUGUGCCUUUCAGCUGUAUACUACUGAAUAAAGGCAAAUGUGCCCACAAGGUUAUCGCAAGAUGAACACUAAAACUACCCUUGACAACAUAUAAAUAAAAUGAGGAGGUUAAAAUGAAAUCUCAUGAAAUCCA